AUGGCAGCAGAACCGCCGAGCACAUGGACCCAAUUCUUUCCACCGAAAGCAGCUUUCACUGACAAGGACAUUCCAGCUGACUUGGCGGGGAAGGUGUACAUCAUCACGGGAGCGAGCUCUGGCAUUGGAGCAGAAUUGACCCGGAUUCUGUUCUCAAAGAAUGCAAAGGUCUAUCUCGCGUGCCGGUCAGAAGAGAAAGCGAAGAAGACCAUCGACAAUGUCACUGCCGCAGUGCCGCAUUCGAAAGGCAAACUCGUCUUCAUUCACCUUGAUCAAGCCGAUUUGAGCAAUGUCAAGAAGGCAGCUGAAAGCUUUCUCGCACAGGAGUCGAGGCUCGACGUUCUCUUCAACAAUGCUGGCGUAAUGACUGGGGAAUCCAAGCCGCCAAAGAAGACGGUGCAGGGGCACGAGUUAGCACUCGGCGUCAACUGUGUUGGGCCAUUUCUACUCACCAAGCUCUUGACGCCUGUGCUCAAAGCGACUGCCCAGCAAGAGCAGUCUGGCGCUGUGCGUGUGGUAUGGUUGAGCUCUUAUGGUCUGGUUGCCUACGCCCCGAAUGAGAAAGGCAUUGACAUGAGCAACCUUGACUACCAUGUCCCCAAGACUGGAAUGGAUCGCUAUGGCAUCAGUAAAGCUGGUGACUGGCUGCUAUCCGCUGAAUAUGCGAAUAGGCACAAGUCCGAUGGUAUCGAGAGCGUGGCGCUGAAUCCAGGGAACCUUACCACUGAACUGGCCCGGAACCAAGGCUGCAUGAUUAAGCUGAUUGCAAGUGCGGUAUGCUACCCGCCCAUUCACGGUGUUUAUACAUUAUUGUUUGCGGCCUUCUCUCCAAUGAUAAGCAAGUACUCAUUUCGCUGCACAGUCAUCCCAUGGGGUCGUCUUGCCCCUUUGCGAAAGGAUCUUCCGGUUGCUGUCAAACCCAAGGAGCAGGGCGGCAAUGGAAACGCGCAGGAGUUCUGGGAGUGGAACGAAGAGCAGGUGAAGGACUACCUCUGA